ACAACUAAUACUACUGCUACUGCUGCUGCUGCUUGCUGCCAUUGAUGGGUAGGUCUCCCUGUUGUGAGAAAGCUCACACUAACAAAGGUGCCUGGACUAAAGAAGAGGAUGACAGGCUUAUCGCCCACAUCCAAGCUCACGGUGAGGGCUGCUGGCGCUCCCUUCCCAAAGCUGCUGGACUUCUCCGUUGCGGCAAAAGCUGCCGUCUCCGGUGGAUUAAUUAUCUGCGCCCUGAUCUUAAGCGCGGCAACUUCACUGAUGAAGAGGAUGAGCUCAUUAUCAAGCUACACAGCCUCCUUGGUAACAAGUGGUCUCUUAUAGCCGGAAGAUUACCGGGGAGAACUGACAACGAGAUCAAAAACUACUGGAACACCCAUAUAAGGAGGAAGCUACUGAGCAGAGGGAUUGACCCCUUGACGCAUCGACCCAUCAAUGAGGCAGCUGUGGACGUAGCCACCGUCUCUUUUGGUGGAGUCCUGAAGAAGGAAGAGGUGAUGAGUAGUGGGUUUGGAUGCAAAAGCCGAAACCCAGAUGAAGAAAACUGUCCAGACUUGAAUCUUGAGCUCAGAAUAAGCCCACCCCAUCAUCACCCCUCUCCGCCAGUACUGGACAGCAGAGAAAGGAGGAUGCUUUGUUUCUACUGCAGCCUGGGAUUAGAGAAGAGCAAGGAGUGCAGUUGCAGCAGCGGGAGCGGUAAUGGCAGCAGUGAUGAUUUCUUGGGUAUGAAUAAUGGUGUUUUGGAUUACAGAAAUUUGGAGAUGAAAAGAGAUUGAAAUUUGUAACUGUAAAAUAGACACAAAGGAGGGGAGAAAAGUAGACUGCUUUCAGGGAU